CUAACCUCAAUUUUCUCCUUCCCCAAAUCAACUCAGCGAUCAGCUGUUUUUGUUUUGCUUUUAUCGUGUUCUUCAAUUUCUCAGUUUUUAAGAGUUUUGAGUGAAUUUAAAGCCAUGAAAAUACUUUGUGAUGUUGUUGUACACAACCGUCAGCAUCCCAGUUCAUCGUACAAGAGUGCCAAGUCAACAUUAGCCCUUGGAUUUCAUCCUCCCGGAGGAAAGUCUGAUGCCAAGUUAUUUGUUAUUCUCUUCACAGCUAGAAGCAAAACUGGAACACGCUAUCAGCUUACGGAUAAUCUCAAACAAGUAUUCUCGAGAUUCGUGGAAGAGGGUAAAUUUACCCUAUCCUUAAUAAGUCCAGAGGUAGACCUCCAAAUUCGCAGCAAAGACGUCAUUGUGCUGAAAAAUUUUCUCCGAUCGCUCAAUGUAGCUCUCAAAGGAGACAUCCAGGAUCGAGAGAAAUUGAGACUGAGCUCAUUGAGUGUCACACCAUUAACCACUAAAUCCCAUCCUGCUACCAAACUAUCAAUAGCCAAGCGAUCAGAUUAUCCUAUCAAGGGAUUCCCCAAAACACUCACUCAUCUCGAGAUAAUUGGAUUGGAGAGAAGUCGCAUGGAUUCACAAAUUUUGUACCUGAAGCAUCUCACACAUCUCAAUUUAAGCGACAAUUCAAUCACAGAGAUUCCCAAGCCUUUUGGAGAAUUGCAUCUUAUAGAUGUCAAUUUGUCCGGGAAUGUGUUAGGAAGCGAAAUAAAGGGAUGUGACUGGAAGUGGCUUGAAGGAAUGGGUGUGACGAAAUCCCUCGUCACUCUGGAUUUAUCUAAUAAUUAUCUGAAGAGCUUCCCGCUAAAUCUUACUAAACUCCAGAAACUGAAUGAUCUCAAUCUCGAUUUUAACAGUAUCAGAAGAAUUCCUUUUGCCAUUCGCAAUUUGCGCACCCUAAAAUCUCUCAGUAUGGAGAGGAAUGAGCUGGAAUCUCUUCCAAACACCCUUGAAAUGCUCUCCUUUGAUCACAUCAACAUCUCCCAGAAUGACUUCCCACAUCAUACAGAUGACAUUCCUCAACAUGAAUUUAGUUUCCAGCCCAGAAUUUGCCUUUUUGAAAUAGCUGCACGAGUUGUGGUCAGACAAAGCAUCCCUUAUGCUCAUCCAUCGUCCCAUCCAACCCUUCAGUGGCACACAGUCCCGUGGAUUGUAGCUGAUCUCCUGGACGGAACUCCGGUCUGUUCUUGCGGAAAUCCCUGCUUCGAUGCAAAAAUCUACGAAAAAUGUUCUGCCGUCCAACUUCGCUACAAAUGUAUCACAUCAAAUGCCGAUAGGAAUAUCCUGGCAGAUUGUGUCUUCUGUAGUCGCAGGUGUUUUGAGAAAAGAAUUUUAAAUUGAUUAAUAAAUUGCUAUUGCCUCUUUCA